UAAUUUACAUUGGUGAAGGUUUAGUUUAGCUUGAAAAAUGCGCUUUUCUAGAAAACAAACAUUUUACUGGUUUGUCCAUUUCUAUUUGGUAAACACAAAGAGUCAUAAGAAAAGACGAAUUACCUUUAAAUUGAGUAAUCAACUCGAAUCAGUCAAUAUGUUCUCAAUAAUCGGGUUUAUAUUCAUUGUUUUGGUUCAUGUUGUUGUUAAUGAAGCUCAAGAAAGUCCAAAAGUGAAUCCAUUCUCUCCAUUGAUCAAGCCAGUAAUCGGAGGUAGAACGUCAUUUGCUUGUCAAAGUCUUACUGGAUCACCUCCAUUUACAAUCAAUUGGUUUAAAGAUGGACAAUCAAUUCGAGAAUCAAAUACAAUUCGUAUAAGAACUGAUGAAGAAUCAUCGAUGUUGAGUAUCUCAGCUAUUUCAUCAAGUCAUUCAGGGAAUUAUUCAUGUAAAAUCUCAAAUAGAUUUGGUUCAGAUUCUUUCACCUCCGAACUUACUGUUGAAGGUCCACCACAAUGGAUAGAGAAACCAGAAAAUGUGAUCAAAUCAAUUCUAGGAGAGAAAAUUUCUGUCAAAUGUUCAGCUAAUGGUUAUCCAAAACCUAAUAUCCAAUGGAAAAUGAAAAAAGAUAACAAUUGGAUUUAUAUUGAUGAUAAAUCAUUCGGAAUUCAAACUCUCCCCAAUGAGCUGAUUUUCCAUUCAGCAAAACGUUCCCACGCUGGAAUCUACGGUUGUUCAGCUAAGAACGAUAUCAAACCCGAUCUUUGGAUUGAGUUCGAAAUCAUCAUUGAUGUUAUGGACAAGAAGUCCCAAAGGUGAACCUUUUUGCUCCACAAAUCAAACCAGAGAUUGGGAGUAAGACCUCAUUCACUUGUCAAGCAAUGGCUGGUUCAUUGCCUGUUCAUAUCUCUUGGUUCAAAGAUGGUCAAGAAAUUAAUCAAAUGGAA